AAUGGGAGAGGAUGACUUGACAUGUUGCCAGCCGAUGUUUUGGGCAUAUCUAAUAAUAUGUUUAGUACUUUUGGCAUUUGCAGGUAUCACAUCAGGCCUUGCUUUGGGACUCUUGUCCUUCAGCCAAGUUGAUCUUGAGGUCCUCAUUAAGGCUGGGCAGCCACAAGCACAGAAGAAUGCAACAAAGGUUAUACCAGUUGUUAAGAACGAGCAUUUACUUUUAUGUACCCUCCUCACCGGAAAAUAUCUAGCAAUGGUGGUAUGUCAUGUAUAUAUACAUUAUGUAAGUCUAUUCUGAAGUAAAUUGGUUCUAAAUAUUGUGUAAUUGAUUCUACCGGCUUGGGUUACCAUUCUAGUGUCAAUGGCCCUUGUACUUGCAUUUGUAGAGAUCAUCCCCCAAGCCCUGUGUUCUCGUUAUGCACUGAGUCUUGGUGCAAAACUUGCUACCUUUGUUAGUCUGCUUCUGCUGGUCUUCUUCCCUGUAUCAUAUCCAAUCAGUAAGCUCUUAGAUUGGUUUUUUGGGAAAGGUCAUGGUUCACUAUUAAGACGAGCAGAGCUGAAGACAUUGGUGGAUUUGCAUGCAAAUGAGGCAGGGAGAGGUGGAGAGUUAUCACUUCAUGAAACUUCUAUUAUUACCGGUGCUUUGGAUUUAACAGAAAAAACUGCUAAAGAUGCCAUGACACCUAUAUCAGAGGCCUUUUCUCUUGAUAUAAAUUCCAAACUCGAUAUGUAUGUCCCCCUUUUUAUCUCUAACUGAUAACAUGAAACUUCUAUUAUUACCGGUGCUUUGGAUUUAACAGAAAAAACUGCUAAAGAUGCCAUGACACCUAUAUCAGAGGCCUUUUCUCUUGAUAUAAAUUCCAAACUCGAUAUGCAUACAAUGGGUUUAAUAAUGAGCAAAGGUCACAGUUGUAUACCAAUCUACUCUGGAUAUCCAACAAAUAUCGUUGGCGUCAUUCUGGUUAAGAAUUUGAUAUUCUGCCACCCUGAAGAAGAAAUUUCAAUCAAAUAUACGGCAAUCAAGAAAAUUCCUAGGGUAUAUGACAAUUAGCCACUCAAUGAUGUACUGCAUUUAUUUGAGAAGGGUCACUGCCAAAUGGCUGUUGUUAUUCUGAGCAAGGAGGAUGCUAACAACAUAGCAAAUAAUGCAAUCGGCAACACUAACAUGUUUACCAUAAAUACUACUUCCAGUUCAUAUCCACUGCCUGCAGAGCACAGAGGAAGAUAUACUGGAUGAAACUGACCACUAUGUCAACGUUCACAACUAAAUUAGAAUCAAUCCGAUAUCUUCAAUAAGAUCAUCAUCAAGGUCUUCAAGAAGAUCUUCUGCUUCUAAUAUUCGUGGGAGAACUCCAGAACCAUUUGCACACUCAGCAGCCAAAAUUAUAUCUUGUCUAAAAGCUGGUGGAGAGAAGACAACACAAGCCCUCAAAUCUCUCUGUUGGCGAUGUAAGGGUCUCCCAGUGGAGGAGGCAGCACUUAUUGGUGUAGAUACCCUUGGGUUUGACUUAAAGGUUUGCUCAGGAACACUAGUACAGACAUUGCGGUUUGCAUUUCAUACACGGGUAUGGCGGCUAUCCUUCAGCUAUGUGUUAACUCUUAUGUAUGUAUGCAGG